UUGGGACUCAUUUUUCAAUCAAAAAUGAUUGGCGCUGAACUUAGCGAUGCAGAAAAAACUAAAAUUGCUUCAGACAUUGUGCUUCAAUCGCCCCCUGGUGAAUUCAACGAGGUUUUCAAUGAUGUCCGUACACUUCUAAAUGAUGAUACACUUUUGGACAAGGGCUGUUUGGAAGCUGUAAAGCAAUAUAAUAAAUCUCAGUUUGUGACUGUCAAGUUGGAUGGAGUUGAACAAUCGACAUUGGUAACAGAACAUAAUGAAUUAUCUGAUGGUCGUUUCGUGGAUCCAAAGUCUCAAAAAACCUUCAAAUAUGACCAUUUACGAAAAGAAGCUGUUGAAGUACAUCCUGUAGGGCCAAAAGAACUUGACGAUAAACAUGAGCAAUGGAGAAAGAUUUUACAAAAGACUGGUGUUGCUGCUGUAUUUACACCUUUACAUAAAGAGAAGACAAUAAUUUUGUGUAUUGAAUCUCAUCAAUUUCAACCAAAGAAUUUUUGGAAUGGAAGAUGGAGAUCUGAGUGGCAUUUACCUCUUUUUGAUGGAAAAGCAACAACUCAUAAAUGUACGGGGAAACUUCGACUUCAAGUUCAUUAUUAUGAGGAUGGAAAUGUUCAGCUUAUUUCUGAAAAGGAUCUUAGUGUUGAUGUUAAAUUGAGUGCAGAUAAAGAAUCAAGUGCAAAAGAUAUAAUUCAAGCUAUUUGUGAGGCAGAAUCUGCAUAUCAAAUUGCCAUUCAGGAAAGCCAAUCAUCAAUGGAAAGUACUUUCAAGACUUUACGUCGUCAACUUCCAGUAACUCGUUCAAAAUUGGAUUGGCUUAAAUGCCAUAGUUAUCGCAUAAUGCAAGAUGUAAAGCCGCAAUAA